AGAGUUGGUGAUAUAGUGUAAUAGAGCGGAGCUGCAGAAGGAGCGUUCUGUACAUGGCAUUGGGAGUAGGAAGUAACGCUAAGGAAAGACGUUGCGCAGCUGUUUGAUCCCAGCAUAAUACUGUGGCUUUAGGAGCUAUUUCUAUCCCCGGUUUAGAGAGACCCACUUGGCCACAAACUGCCUCUCUGCGAUUUAGGAAAGGAGGAAGGAACCAUGGCAGAUGAUGAGCAUUCCAACCCGAGCGGAAUAUGCACGGGCAGCUGCGACAGCGCCAACUGCAAUGUUCUAAGCUGGGAACAAGUGCAGCGACUGGACGCUAUCCUUACCGAAACUAUUCCCAUCCACGGCCGGGGUAACUUCCCUACCCUGGAGAUGAAGCCCAGUCAGAUCGUGAAGGUGGUGCGGAGCCGCCUGGAGGAGAAGGGGAUUAGGGUCAGGGACGUUAGACUGAACGGUUCGGCGGCCAGUCAUAUUCUGCAUGAGGAUAGCGGCUUGGGCUAUAAAGACCUAGACCUCAUCUUCUGCACCGACCUCAGAGGGGAGGCCGAGUUCCAGACUGUCAAGGAUGUGGUGCUGGACUGCUUGCUGGACUUCUUACCUGAAGGGGUUAACAAAGAGAAGAUCACGCCCCUCACCCUCAAGGAGGCCUAUGUGCAGAAAAUGGUAAAAGUCUGCAAUGACUCUGAUCGAUGGAGUCUAAUCUCCUUAUCCAACAACCAUGGCAAAAAUGUGGAACUCAAGUUUAUGGAUUCUUUGCGAAGGCAAUUUGAAUUCAGCGUUGAUUCGUUUCAGAUUAAACUGGAUUCUCUUCUGCUGUUUUAUGAGUGUUCUCAGAACCCUAUGACUGAAACUUUUCACCCAACCAUUAUUGGGGAGAGUGUCUAUGGGGAUUUCCAGGAAGCCUUUGAUCACCUUUGUAACAAGAUUAUUGCCACCAGGAAUCCUGAGGAGAUCCGUGGAGGUGGCCUUCUCAAGUAUUGCAACCUUUUAGUAAGGGGAUUCAGGGCAGCUUCUGAAACAGAGAUGAAGUCCCUGCAGAGGUACAUGUGUUCUAGAUUUUUCAUUGACUUUUCAGACAUUGGUGAGCAGCAAAGAAAGCUGGAGUCUUACUUGCAGAACCACUUUGUGGGAUUAGAAGACCGCAAGUAUGACUAUCUCAUGACUCUUCAUGGUGUAGUCAAUGAAAGCACAGUAUGCUUGAUGGGCCAUGAAAGAAGGCAGACUUUGAGUCUAAUCACCAUGCUAGCAAUCCGUGUCUUGGCUGAACAAAACAUCAUCCCUAAUGUGGCUAAUGUAACUUGCUACUAUCAACCAGCCCCAUAUGUAGCAGAUGCUAACUUCAGCAAUUACUACAUUGCCCAAGUUCAACCUGUUUUCACAUGCCAACAACAUACAUACUCCACUUGGUUACCUUGUAAUUAAGACAGAGUAAACGGUUAUUAGGAGGAAAAUGUUUCUUACACUUACAAAAAGGGGGAAACCGAGUUAUUACAAUGGGGUGCUAUUUUGUGCAGUCAUAAUCUGCCCUAGGUUUGAAUCUUUGUGAAGCUUGUGGUUCAUGUGGUAUACAUGAGUGCAAGGCCUAAGCUAGAAGAUUGUAAUUGGGUUAAGCCCAAGAGCACAAGCAGCCUAUUAUGUUAGUGAUCACCUCCCUUAUUGCUUAAGGGAUCAAAUGGUGAACAAAAGUACAGGCUGGCAGUCCAGCUCUGUUAAUAUUUGAAUUCAAAAAGGUUGAUUAAGUUUCAUGAAACUUAUGCAAGGAAGUAAAAAUUCUGACCGAAGGAUUAUUUUUGGAUUUGAAACAAGUACCCUCUAAAAAACAAAGAAUAACUGUUUGGUUGCAGGCAACCCCUAUCCAGGGAGAAUGGCACAGUUGCAAGAAAUGAUAAAACAAAAUUGUGAAUACAUCAUUCAUAUUUCAUAGAUGUGAAUGUGAAAGAGUUUAGUGGUAGAAAAGAGAUUGCUUGGACCAAAGAUUUCUUAAAGAUAUAUACCCUAGUCAACUGAUAGAGAAGAGCAUAUGUGUGUACUUGUUACCUUACUGUAUCAAAGUGCCUGUUGCCUUCAUAAAAUUAGGAAAAUAUUAGUUUUUUGAUAACAUCAUUGACACAUCUAUUUUAGGUAUACUAGGUAAGAUAACAUUUUACAUUUGUGAAGCAGUGAAGUGAAUGCCCUAUUUUCCUUGGCAAAUAUUAUAUAUAAUAUUAUAAAUAUUAUAUAUAUUUAUAUAAAGAAGUUGCAGAGAGUAGAUGUGUGAUUAACAUGGACACUCACAAGGAUAUAUCAAAUAUGAUUCAGCUAAAUGUAGCAUUUAGGAAGAGUUCAUAAAUACAUGGGUUAGAACAUUUGUACAGUACAAGCCCUGCAAAUAUUUCCUUGUCCACACCUGGCUAUUAUGUUUAAUAAACCUUAAAUGUUAAAUCACCAGUGAAAAAGCAACCUAGAUGAGUCAUUUACUUAUUUAUGCAAAUCAAACAAAUGCAGUUGUCUAACCAGCUGUAGGUUUCACAUUUUAUUCUAUCUGCCUUUGGAUAUAAUUUAAGCACACUGAUGUUGUGGCUAUAAAACUAAACACAGUUAUAUAAAUUAAAAAAAACCAAAAACUUUUGAAAUCCAAGUUGCACCAGUAGAAAUGAAAGUGGAUCUGAACACAGUUAGGUUUCUUGUUGAAUGCUCAAUGUAUUAGUGCAAUGUUGGACCACUAGGGGUAUUUAAUUGAAUUUAAACUUUGACUUGUGUGGCUAUUUUCUUUCAGCAUUUGUUGUCUUUAUGAAAUUACCAAAUAUUUUUACACUAGAUGUUAAAUCUGUGUUUACAGUGCUAGUACUGUACCUUCAGUUAAUUCUUUUGCUAUCUUUAUCUUUGUUAUAGCCAAGAAACUGUUUUAAAGCUGCAUUAAUGUUUUCCACUAAUGUUCCACUUUUGGUGUGAUUACAUUUUUCUCAUGUGUUUAUUAUGAAGAUUUACUAGACUCCUGUCAACAAAACUCCAUUGUCAGAUUGCACACCAAAAUGUAACAACCAAAUGUACUGUUGUAGUGAACCCAGGGUGUAAAAUAAUGAAACUGUGUUUAGUCCUUUUUGCAUAUGUCGUUUAGUUUUGGCCUGCUGCAUUAAUCGGAUGUGAUGGGGCAUACCUAUAAUUAGUUGGGUUGUAUUGUUUCUGGACAAGGAUUCAAUUUAGAAUUAUUCAGACAGUUGUGCCAAGUACCCACUUGUAGUCACAAAUGAAAUGACACAACACCUAGACAGCUUUAAAGAAAGAAUUUUGAACAUGUGCAGUCUUCACUUUCAUUUGCCUGUAAACUUUAAUUAUAAACAUAGUAUUCUGUUUGCAUAAGCUCCAAACCCAUUGAUUGUCAUAGGAUUAACCAAUACUUUAUGUGUAUUUAAGUGAUAUUUUAAGGCCUAAUGGGGCUGCUUGCAUUGCUUUUAGUUGGUGUAAAGAUAUUAAAAUCAUGAUUCCUCACCUCCUGAUAACAAUAUAGUGAGGUAUAGUUUUAUUAGGUGAAAAAUAAACUUAGUAUACUUCGUAAUUUUGACAUAAUAUUUCAUGCAUUUUUUGUCUCUGGUGAAAUACUCAAAAGGAUUCUAAUUCCCAGAGCCCCCAAAUCUGAGUCCCCCUCACCUCCCCACUCCCACAUAUUUAGAUCAAAUGUCUGCCUUCUUCUUUCUUGUAUCUCUCAAGAUUAUUUUAGCAGGAACCUGAUUUGUUUACUGUAGCACCAUUCCUGUGAAAUGUGCAGGAUCUGUUAAAGCUAUUGCACUGCCACUCUCUGUUUACAUGGAAAUUUCUGGCUUUUUCUGUGACUGCUCCUGUCUAUUUUAUGUUUGGUCAGUGGAGAGCCUUCCUUGAUUAAUUGUUAGGAGGAAAGGUUUGGUUCCCAUGGCUCAGUCCUCAGACAGUAAAUCAUAAUUGAGAUGUGCUUGUCUAAUUCUGAACAGUAUCCAUAGAUAUUCACAGGGCUUAUGUGUUGAAUUGAAAGGGAUGGCUGGGGAAAUAGGAUCAGCUGGUGAUGGGGUAUAGCCAAUCUUACCACAACUAUUUGCAUUGCAUAAAUAAAUCAUUUCUUAAAUAAAGGUGUUGGAUUAUUCUUGCAAACUUAAAUUGUAUUUUUAGUAAAUUAUCCAAGCAGAUUUUUCUCUGAAAUACAUAUUUUACAAUUUUCAAUAGGAUUGCAGCUGUCCUCCUUCUGGAAUAGUCAUAACAGCUGUGUAUCAUUUAUAUUUCAUAUGCUACAACUAACAAAUAUUUAUAUUUAUAAUUGCUAAAAACAAAUUUUACAUGCCAUUCAGACGAGUAGUUAUUGGACCUUACAUGUCCAUCAUCUAACUCAGAUAGAACUCUGAAACAGCAGAAAACAAUGUCCCUUUUCAAAUAAAUGACUCUAAAGUCAGCUGUUGGAUAGUUUGUGUGAAAGAUGGAUUUAUUGCUAAUCUGUGUUAAGAUAAACCACCUAAUACAAAUGUGAUGAAACAUCAGAUCUCUUUCAAGCCAAACCAUUGUAUGUUGCUGCACAAAAAUGCAAGGAAGUUUAACUCUAUGCAGAUACAACAAAAACAAACACCAAUGUCAGAAUUUUAUUUUUCUUUUUUUCUAAAAUAUUAUUUUGCUUUAUACACUGUUGCUUUACAUAACAUAGAAUAUUUUAUUCAGAGCUUUAACUGAUUCUUGUAAGAUGCUUUUGUACAUGAACUUUUAUUAUGCUGUUGUUUGACGGCUUUGCCAAUGACAAAAAAAAAAUAUUUUCUUUAACAUUUCAUUGUAGAAAAUGUCUUUUAGGUGAUUCUGUAAAAGUGAAAAAAUGGCUCUUAUUUAGACAUGUAGCAAGUCUUAAAGUGGCAAAAUGACAUGUGGGAAAACAUAUAGAAAAUAUAUGUAUUUCUAAUCUGGUUGCUUACAAAAUACGAUUGUGUAGAUUAUUUGGAAAGGAAUUUAAAAAAAAAAAAGCUUUUUGGGAGGCUGAAUGCAGUUAGUCUCCCUCCUCUCAUCAUAUAAACAUUGCCUUCUCAGAGACUCUCUGUUGUAACAAACUGCUUCUUUGAAAAACAUUGACCAUAGAUCGUCUAGAACAGGCAGGAAACCAGAUGAUACACAUGCUGUUUGCAUCCAUGCUUGAGGAAAAAGGAUUGUGAAUUUUGUUUACAGCAUCCAAUAUUUGGAUAUUUUUUGUAAAUAAAAAUGAUAUUUUUUCUA